AUGAACAUGUUCAUGGCCAAAAGGUUUGGUAGAAUUAGGCAACUUCACACCAUCAUAUCUCAAGAAACCAUCAAACCAUCAUCCCCAACACCUCUUCACCUCAAAACUCAUAACCUUUCAUUACUCGAUCAAUUUGCUCCCAGAUUUCUCAUGCCAAAAGUGUUCUUCUACAAACAUUACAACAAUGGUAACACCAGCAUUUUAAAAAAGUCAUUAUCUAACUGCUUAACACAAUACUACCCGUUCGCGGGUAGGUUCCCACCAUCCUCAACUUCCUACGUAGAUUGUAACGACGAAGGCAUUGCAUUCAUCGAAGCUGCUAACGACAGUCGAAUCGAAGACUUCGUUACCAACAGAAACCAAGAUGAAACAUUGGACCAACUACUUCCAAAUAACAAAGUUGGACCGGAUAGUUUGAUCAAGGUUCAGGUGAACUAUUUUGCAGGUGGUGGAGCUGCAAUAGCUGUGGCCAUAUCUCACAAAAUAGCCGAUGGUUAUGCAGCAGCCAGCUUCAUUAACCAUUGGGCUAUUGUCACACGGGGCCUGUCACCAACAAACCCUAAUUUCAUUUCCUCCACAAAUGUUGAAACACUCAAAAUCCCUGAGGUUAUGAACAAGGGCACAUACAAAGGUAACUUUAUAGCUAGAAGAUUCAUCUUUUCAAACUCAAAACUGAGAGAGCUCAAGGAGAGGGUUCUAACAAUGGGUGCAAUGCCAUCGAACCCUACUCGAGUCGAACUACUGACAUGUUUACUAUUCAAAUGCGUUGCACGUGCCAGCGCAAUGAAGUCGGGUGAUUUCAAGCCAGCAUUGUUAGCGCAUUGCGUGAACAUGAGGAAGAAGAUCAUCAAAAACAGUCCUGAGGCUGCAACAGGAAAUGUCAUGACUUUGCUGGCUACAAAGAUUGCAAGUUCAAGUGAAAUCAUGCUGCAUGAGGUUGUUGCUGAGCUGCAGAAAGAAAAACUGAAGCUUGAUGGACUGAGAAAUGAGCAAGAAGUGGCCCAACAUCAUUUGAACACAUUGACAAUGUUAGGGGAUGAAGAAAGUGAAUCUUUUAUUAGUUCUAGCUUGUGUCGGUUUCCGUUUUACGGUGUCGAUUUCGGGUGGGGGAAUCCGGUGAAAGUGGUGACAAGAUAUCCGGAUGUGGAUGACAAUGGUGUUAUCUUUUUGGAUGCUCCCAAUGGUGAUGGUAUUGAAGCACUAGUGCAUUUGCAGAAAGAAGAAAUGCCCAUUUUUGAAAAGGAUGAAGAGCUUCUUGCAUAUAUUGAAGACUGGUAAUGUUGUUUUGGUUGAUUUGAUUUGUUAUUGUUACCAAUAAUUUCAUAUUUAGCCUAUUUUAAGGCUUGAUACUAUAAACCCUGAUGAGGACGACUUUAAUUAUUUAAGCAAAAUUAGGAGUUUUUCUUUUCUGUUAAUUAAUAAGUAUUUGAAGCAUGGCA